AUUUCUGAGUUCGUGCCGAGUGGAUGCAAAAGUCCGAAGCGUCCUCGUCGCGAAGGAGAGUGUUGCGUUUCGUUUAUUUUUUCCUGCCCCGUGUCGUCCACACAACUCCGUGAGUGUGAGUGAGAGAGAAAUAUAGUGGUGUGUGGUGAAGCGAAAAAAGGGAAGUGUGUUCGAGGGGCUCACCUUGCUGCUGUAAAAAGCAAGGAAAAGAAAGAUUCUAGCCUUUUCGAGUUUGAGAAUUGUGCAGGUUUUGUGGGGGAUUGUCGGGAAUUCAAGUUUGAAGAAACAAAAAGUUUGGGAUAAAACGGAAAAAUCUGUGCAGAAAUUUGCGUGAAAACGGAGGAAAAGAGAGAGAGAGAGGGGAACCAUUUGAUUGGGUGUUCCGUUCUUUUCCGCUGAGUGCCCCGUGGUGAAAUUUUGAAAAUUUGUGCAAAGUGGAGAUCUAGCCGGAAGAGAACCCCGCCAGGAAAAUGGCCAGCUGUAGGAGGGCACUAGCUUUCACUUCGGUGCUGGUCCUGACCAUCCUGAAAUUGUCCCUCGCACAAACCACAAUCGCCGAUGAUACGGGAGGAGGAACAUCCCCGGCACGGACCGGGGACGGCACGUGCGUCUGGUACGGCGUGUGCAACGUCGCCGGCUCGCCCAGCCUGCAAACCAGCCAGUAUUGUCCGUACAACGGAACCGCCCGACCGGUGGACGACCGGACGCGGGACCUGCUCCAGGUGUGGUGCAAACAUCUGCUGGUGGACGACGCCGUCACGUGCUGUGACGCACAACAGGUCGACGUCCUGAACCAGAACGUCAAGCUGGCGGCCAACUUCCUGGCCCGCUGUCCGUCCUGCAUGGCCAACCUGGUGCGGCACAUGUGCGACUUUACCUGCAGCCCGCAGCAGUCCAAGUUCAUGGAGAUCAAGGCGACCGAGAUGAACACGGACACCAAAAAAGAAUACAUCACCAACAUAGACCUGCACAUCACGGGCCAGUACAUGAACGGAACGUACGACUCGUGCAGUGCGGUGUCGAGUCCGUCGACGGGAAGGCGCGCGCUCGAUCUGAUGUGUGGCUCGUGGGGUGCGUCCAAGUGCAGCGCCCGGAAGUGGUUCACGUACAUGGGCACGACCGAGGGCAACCCGUACGUCCCGUUCCAGAUUAAUUACAUCGAGCAUGACGAACCGACGGUGCCGGCGGCGGAGGAGCAGGAGCUCGUCCCGCUGAACCCACGGGUUGUUCCGUGCAGCGAAAAGCUGGACGCCAAAACGCCGGCCUGUUCGUGUGUGGACUGUGAGCUGUCGUGUCCGCGGCCACCGCCCCCGUCGCCGCCGCCCCAGCCCUUUGUGAUCUACGGGUACGACGGGUACGCCGUCGUCAUGUUCGUGGUGUUCCUCGUGUGCAGUGGGUUGUUCGUGAUUGGUGCGUGCCUGUGCCAGUCCGGCGGAAAUGGUGCCGAACUACUGGUGGAUGGCGACACUUUGCACGCGGACCUGCGCUCGGCCGUGGGCCGCCGGUUGGCCGGUGGGCUGUCUAAUAACAACAGUGGCGAUUUGGGUGGUACCGAUCGGGAAGAUUCGCCCCUGCAAUCGAAAAGAUCGAGCGCCACCUGGGACGGCGAGCAGGAACUCCGACCGCACCCUUCGGCAAUCCACGGCGAUGACGACGCCGAAUCCGGCUACUUUGAGCGUCUCGGAGCCAAAACGGAAACCGCCCUCGAAAAGUUCUUCACCACGUGGGGAACGACCUGCGCGAGCCAUCCCUGGAUCGUCCUCCUGCUCGGUAUGAUCUUCAUCGUGACGAUGGGCUUCGGCAUCACUUUCCUGCACGUCACGACGAAUCCGGUUGAGCUGUGGGCUUCGCCCAACUCGCGAUCCCGCAUCGAGCGGGAGUACUUUGACGCGCACUUUGAGCCGUUCUACCGGAUCGAGCAGAUGAUCAUCCGGGCGGAGAACUUGUCGAACGUGGUCCACAACACCUCGAACGGGGUGAUCGAGUUUGGGCCGGUGUUCAACAAGCAGUUUUUGCUGGACGUGUUUGAGCUGCAGGAGGCGAUCAAGGCCAUUGAGGUUAAGAUUGGGGGGAACAGGACGGUUGGGUUGAAGGACAUUUGCUACGCGCCGUUGAGUACGGACGAGGCGACGGUUGAGCCGGAGAAUUGCGUGGUGCAAUCGCUGUGGGGAUAUUUCCAGGACGAUAUUGAUAACUUUGACUCGGAGGACGACGAUCCGCUGGGAUUCCAGACGAACUAUUUGGACAACUUGGUCAAGUGCUUUGGAAAUCCUUUUAAUCCUGACUGUCUGGCGCCGUACGGUGGGCCGAUCGAGCCUGCGAUUGCGCUGGGUGGAAUUCCGGUGACGAAGUCGGCGCUAGACAAGCCCAAGUACGAGCAAGCUACGGCUGUGAUAUUGACAUUCCUGGUGAAGAACUACCACGACAAGAGUAAGCUCGAGGGAGCUCUCCGCUGGGAGGAGAGCUACGUUGCGUUCAUGAAGAACUGGACCAAGGCGAACAUGAGUAUCGCGUUCACGUCGGAGCGAUCGAUCGAGGACGAAUUGCAGCGGGAAUCGCAGUCGGAGGUUUCGACGAUCCUCGUUUCGUACAUCAUCAUGUUUGCGUACAUUGCGAUCUCGCUGGGCCACGUCAACCAGUGGAGCCGAGCGUUGAUCGAUUCCAAGAUCACUUUGGGCUUGGGCGGUGUCGUGAUCGUGCUGGCUUCCGUGGUGGCUUCGGUCGGAAUAUUCGGGUACAUUGGAAUCCCGGCGACGUUGAUCAUCGUUGAGGUUAUUCCGUUCCUUGUGCUCGCCGUCGGAGUUGACAACAUCUUCAUUCUGGUACAAACGCACCAGAGGGACACUAAGAAGCCAACGGAGACGCACGCGGAACACAUCGGACGCAUUCUCGGUCGCGUUGGACCAUCGAUCCUGCUGACGGCGGUCAGCGAAAGCUGUUGCUUCUUCCUGGGCGGUCUUUCCGACAUGCCUGCCGUACGUGCCUUUGCUCUGUACGCCGGAAUGGCUCUGCUGAUUGACUUUUUCCUGCAAAUCACCUGCUUCGUAAGUUUACUAGCGCUGGACACGGCUCGCCAGGCGGACAACCGGCUCGAUGUCCUGUUCUUCCUGCGAGGAUCGAAAAAAGACAUGCCCACCGGAGCCAACAAGGAAGGACUGCUGUACAAGUUCUUCAAGAGCAUCUACGUGCCUUUCAUCAUGCAGAAGCCGGUUCGCGUCGGCGUGAUGGUCAUCUUCUUCGGCUGGCUGUGCUGCAGCAUUUCCGUCGCGCCCCACAUCGACAUUGGCCUGGAUCAGGAACUCUCGAUGCCCGAGGACAGCUUCGUUCUGAAGUACUUCCGCUACCUCGGCCAAUAUCUCAGCAUCGGCCCACCGAUGUACUUUGUCGUGAAGAAUGGCCUCAACUACUCGCACGCGUACGAUCAGAAUCUAAUCUGCGGAGGUCAAAACUGCAACCUGGACAGUCUGUCAACCCAAAUCUACAUCGCAAGUCGACGACCGGAGGAAACGUACAUCGCACGCCCCGCCUCCUCCUGGCUGGAUGACUACAUUGACUGGUCAGGAGCGCCAACCUGCUGCAAGAAGCGCACCGACGGCAGCUUCUGUCCCCACACGACAGCCUCGUGCAAGUCCUGCCAGAUGAACCUAACCGAUCUCAACCGACCCAACCAAACCGACUUCCGGCGCUACGUUUCGUUCUUCCUGCAGGACAACCCGGACGAUCAGUGCGCCAAGGCCGGUCACGCCGCGUACGCCACCGGCGUCAACAUCCUGCAAGACAAAUCCAACGCUAUCUUCAGCGACGUGCAAGCCUCCUACUUCAUGGGCUACCACACGAUUCUCAAGACCUCAUCCGACUACUACGAAGCGCUCCGUUCCGCCCGAAAAAUCAGCACCAACAUCACCAGCACGAUCCACGCCAAACUCCGGCUGGACGGCCGUCCCGAAGCGGAAAUCCAACAGAUCGAGGUGUUCCCGUACUCCGUAUUCUACGUGUUCUACGAGCAGUACCUCACCAUGUGGCCGGACACGCUCAAGAGCAUGGGCAUCUCCGUGCUCUCCAUCUUCGUCGUAACGUUCCUCCUGAUGGGCUUCGACAUCCACUCGUCGCUCGUCGUCGUCAUCACCAUCACCAUGAUCGUCAUCAACAUCGGUGGCCUCAUGUACCACUGGAGCAUCUCGCUGAACGCGGUCUCCCUCGUAAAUCUCGUGAUGGCCGUCGGCAUCAGCGUCGAGUUCUGCUCGCAUCUCGUGCACAGCUUCUCCGUGUCGUUGGAGGAAACGCGCGAAAAGCGAGCCGCGGACGCCCUCACCAAGAUGGGCAGCUCCGUCUUCUCCGGCAUCACGCUCACCAAGUUUGGAGGCAUCCUCGUGCUGGGCUUCGCCCACAGCCAGAUCUUCCAGGUGUUUUACUUUAGGAUGUACCUCGGCAUCGUGCUGUUCGGUGCCGCGCACGGUCUCGUGUUCCUGCCGGUGCUGCUCAGCUAUAUCGGUGCCCCCAUCAACAAGGUGAAGCUGGCCAACUACCGGCGGCAGGUGAUGCAGGACACCCAGGAGACGUCACUGUCAACCCGCUGGGAUGAAAGAAUCUUUGUGUUUGAUCACGUUGAAGCCGAUAUCCAUGGCGUGAUGCAUCGCAGAAGACGUUCCAGCGACGACGUCACCUCCCCCAACACCUACCAUGAGAUUGAGAACGAUGAUGAUGACGAAGAUGCGAACGACGACCACGGCGACGCGGACGGCGCUGGCCAAAACUUCCAGCCGCAACCGGGGAGCAGCCACCACAACCACAACGACCACGACCACAACCAGUACCGACAACUGCAGCACCAGCACGAGCUGCAGCGGCCAGAACAGUCCCAUCAACAGCAAAACACGCGAGCCUUCGUCCAUUCGGAAGCGCAUCCAGAACCAGCUGCCGAGGAGUCUCUUUUGCGGCACGGGCGGCAGCGGCAGCCAGGGCAGCAGCGGUCAGGGCAAUCUGAACCUGGCGACGUCGCCGGACGGAACGCAGCCCAGUCCGGCCGAGCUGUAGAAUCUACUAGGAGAGGCGGCGGCCACCAGGUGAUGCUCGACGACAAAUCAGUAGCGGAAGGGGGCGACAGUGAGUGAGUGAGACUGUGUGGUGUUCUCCUGGACGUGAGUGGCUGGUUCUUUGCGGACGGGACGGGACUUUGGACGCCUUCCGGGAAGUUUAGAGAAGAUAAAAAAAUAUAUAUAUUUUUGAACGUGGCAAGUCGUGUAGAACUAGGUAAGAGUCAGUCUGUUUUUGUUGUUCUUUAUUUUGUACCAAAAAUAGUAGCAAACCAUAAUCGUAAAAAAUGGGAGAAAGGGAGGAAACGGAAAUCAAUCUUAUGAGAAAACAUUUUCAAACACAAAAACACAGCGAAGAAAAAGAAGAGGAGAAAAGAAUGUUGAGUUAGAAAAAUAAUUGAAAGGAAAGGAAACAAAAUAAAAAAAAAUCUUUAGACAAGCUAGAUCAGUUGUUGUUGAGGGCGACCGAGUGGAGGUAAGGAAGCUGUUAUGUUUGAACAAGAAUUGGAAAGCCGUUGGUUAGGAAACGAAAAACAUUAAACAAAAAAA